AUGCGCCACGACGCAGCCGCAGUAGCCGCCGCUGACGCCCACGACGCCGCCGCCGCCGCCUUCAACCCGCUGGUGGCGCUGCAGUCGCUGCUGGCGGCCGACGUGGCCAGCGCCAAGCAGCGCAUGCGGGCGGCGCAGCAGCUGCAGAGCUACUUCGCGCGGCUGAGCCACACGCCCGGCCUGCUGCUCUCGUACGAGCCGUACCUGCCGCUGCUGACGGAGACGCUGGGCGCGCCCCAGGCCGCCAAGGGCGCGAGCGCGCAGGAGCUGCAGACCGCCGUGCUGGCCUUGCUGCUGGCGCUGUCGGGCCACAACCCGGCGGGCUUCAGCGACUGGAUGGCCAGGAACACGCAGCUGGGCAACGAGCCGUGGCUCGUGCAGUGGAGCUACGCGCUGCUGCUGCAGACGGAGAAAACGGUGCCAAGACGAGAGGAGGGAGACAAUGAUGGAGAGCUGGACAAGUUGGAUGAGACCUCGCCGCAGUUCAAGGAGUUCGACAGAGCCUUUGCUAGGGUCUUGCACAUGUGGAGGACGCUGCUGGACCAUACAGCUGACGUGGCUCUUGUGGACCAGCUCGUCAAGUACUUGCAGGUGCUGCUGGUGCAGCAGCAGGAACAGGGAGGAGACAAGUGGAGGACGAUGAUGCUCAAGAAGCUGCAGACGCACUUUGUGGAUAUCGCCGACGUGUUGAUUGGAUGGAUGAUGAGCACGGGACCGCACGGAUCGCUGCGGUAUGUCGAGGAGCUUGGUUUUUUUGAGAUCCUCACGCUCUUGCAUCAUUUUGGCCGCUUGUGGGCCGACAACAGCGUGUUUAGUCUUCAGCUGCUGAGUUCGUUCGCGGAUGAAAUUGUCAAUUUGUGCGAUUCGUGGGAUGAUCACCAAGAGGGCGAUGACGAUCGCCUCAGUACCCUGUUAACUUGUUUUAUGAUGGUAGCUCAGUGCGUUCCAGAUUUGGCUUUACCCACGGAAGAAAGCGCCAAUAGCUCAUUCGUAAGAGUGCUCCACAGUGUAGCAUCUUGUCCGAAGCCGGAGUAUUCCCUUUUCUGCCUCGCGCAUUGCUCCGAGUAUAUGGUAACGAUGUCUAGCUCUAGGCAUAGCAACUUCCCUCCCCUUUCGGUGGCAGCUGUGAGUUUUUUACUGUACCAUUGUGCUGUUCAAGCUCAAAUGCAUGACAGUGAGGUGGACAAACUCGCAACGGUUAUGAAAAAUGCCUGCACACUAGCAAGUGCGAAUUUUUCCCGGGUAGAACGCACUCCACCUGUUCAGGCUGCCGCUGUAAGAAUACUUGAAGGUGAUUUACCAACCCGAAUCGUGAAAAAGGGUGGACAGCCAAAGCGCGUGAAAGUUAUGGAAUGCCUGUUCCAAGUACGAUGCGCUAAAGGCCUCACGCGAAUCGCGCAGCUGUGUCUACAUUUGCUGCGACUGGGAGGAGUUGGCGCUUUAAAGACCCUCGGGACUCGAGCAUUUCAGCGUCUAAACAGCCGGCAUAAAGGGAAGAGAAAUAGCUAUUUCGUGUUUGCGGCUACAUGCUUCAUCGUAGCUUCUCGGAACAGCGAGAUGCUGUUCGCAUCUCGUGACGAUGUGACCCACGCGGUUGGAGUUCUCGAAUUGGUUACAGCAAAACUGGAAAAGCAGAGCCACCGACAUCGUCAGCACCGACUGACGCCCCGGCAAUUGUGCCUCGUGCUCAAGAUGGCGUCUACAUUCGUAAGCGCCGUAUCCCGCUUCUUUGUUGGUCGUCAUGAUGUAGCGGAGGCUGUGAAAGGCGUAGCUCAUCGGCUUAUGGAAUGCGCAGUUCACAUGCUGCCAAGUGAGGCGGUGCUUGUUCGAGAUCAUCGACUCACCACUGAAGUACUGAAGGUGAUUGAUACCGUGCUAUCGCAAACGGAUUCUGCUGUCGUUUCCCCCCACAAAGUUUACGCAUACGUUUUGGAGAAGGUGAACAAGGUUGCUCGCUGCUCUAACGUGAAAGUUCAAGAGGGUUGCUUUGAAGUCUUGAAAACGCUCAGUUCUCGGGCCGAGGCAAGUGUAUUUGUAGGUGAUGUUUUUAAGACGCUGCUGGACUUCGUGUUGGAUUUCGACGGCGCAGUACAAAGCGGGUUGGUAUUGGAGGUACUGAGUGGCAUUGCUCGCCCGGCACUCCUGUAUCAACAAAAAGAGAGCGUUCCCUGCGUCGUAUCACAGCCCUUGCAUUCAUCUUUCGUCGGAGCAGAUUUUGAAAAUCUUAUGAGCCUUUUCGAGUCUCGUGAACGCGAUGGAAGUGAGUGGAAUGGAGCCUGCCGACAAAUUAUGGACCGAAUUGAACCAGACACGGUGGCCAUCAGUAAAUCCGACGUGCUUCUGGGUGCAGUUCGGCAAGCAGCCGCAUGGUGCGUUCAGAAUCGAUUACGCACACACUUUGGAGGACCAGCUCAAACCUUUUCAAGCAUCGAACAACUGGUGCAGGAGUACUCGAAUGGGGGUCAAAGCUUAGCCGAGACGGCGGAGCCGCACCAGUUGACAAAGUGGUUGAUGCUGGAAUUUAUUACCGCCUUGGAGAUGAGCAUCACUCGUGCUAUUUACGCUACUGAAAUCGAUCAAAGCAAUCCAGACGCUGAAGAGUACAAGGCAGUGCUUUUCUUUCGUACGAACAAGGUGGUGUGUGACGAUUGGCUUAACCGUAUUCGGCCGUAUCUCGUGGAGUUGUCCAGGAACGGAACGUCCUACGAGCAGUGCCGGUAUCACAGCCACGCAAUGGUGACAACCUGCUACAAUAAGCUCAGCAGAACAAUGGCGUCAUUUGCAACACACGGGUUUUCAGACAAAGGAUACAACGAGCUGAAACAAGCGGAAAAGGACAUGGAUGUUGCACUCUUCUUCCUGUGUCGUUGUCAUUGCGAUGCAAAAGAUGUCGACACUAUCAUUGGUUUUCAAAAGUGGGGUGAAUCGGUUUCCGCCGCCCUUACAAGUUGGUACCAGCUAAACAAGGAGAAGUUGGGUAUCACUGAAGAACUAUGCGAUUUCUCAUUUUUCCGAUGGCUGAAUGCAGUGCGAUAUGAGGCUGAAAUGCGCUAUGAAGAUGCUGCUGCAGAAUACGAGGCCUUGCUCCUGCCAGUGCUAUCUGCUCGAAGCGAACCACUCUCUUUGGGCGGCAUUAGUGCCGCGGGGAUCUUUGAGUCCCCAACGACGUACCUUCGGAUGUCAUCUCAAGCACUUCUGGGGUGCUUCAAACAAUGCGCGAAGUGCUAUGCGUCUCUGCGCGAAUGGUCUAAGCUGCGGAUAUUUGUCAGUCAGUUCGUAGAACUUGCUCAGUCGCUGGUGAAUCAUGACCGCCCCAUUGAGGAUAUUCAGGCGAUAUUUGAUUGCAGUGAUAUCGUGGCUGAUCGAUUUCAAAACGAUUUAAUUCCGUUGGCUUUGCAGCCCUCGCCGUGGAAUGGGUACGCGGGCGACAAAAUUGGCAAGAAAGCGGAGGAAACGUUGCUUCGGAUACUCGGGGUCUCUACGAGGUCUCAAUUUCCACUUGCGCCAUUUCACAAAACAUGUGAAAUGCAGCUCAACCUGAAUCCUGAGUUGUAUGACUCUGUUGUUUGGAGUCAACCAUUCUGUUCUGCUGGUAAUGCUGGAGGUGCUGACACGGAGAGUUUGUACCUGACGACUGUGGCCCGGCUGGCACGGAAGCAACACAACUUUGGGUUCGCUCGAAGCAUUUUAAGAGACGCUGCAGCUCUCAGCGGGGUGGGCCGUACCGCAUCUAUGGCUGUUAGUUACGAGAAAGCGAAAUUACUGGAAACAGUGGGUAUGGAGGAUGAGGCGCGUCGUCUCUUAGAAAACCAGUGCGAAACGAACCUGGCGGCAAUCGUUGCGAAGCCUGGAAUCUUUGAACAGGAACAUCCGGCCCUUCGCGCUUUGCUGCAUCUCUCCACAACAUUUGCGAAAGCAGAUAGUGCAGAGCUUUUGUCACCGACUACAUCACGCUUUCUUGACGACACGGUUACAAGCUUUCGUAAUGAGAAGCUGGCUAACCUGAGCGAUAUCAACCUUCUAUCUGAUAGCCCAGAUACAGCGGCUCACAGAUGUCUCGAAGCGGCAAUUUCCAUAUCACCCAGAUCGGCAAAGGCCUGGAUCAGGUAUAGUCAUUGGUGUUACAAUCGAGGAAAACGUGAAAUUGCAGAGAUUGCGGAGCAGAAUGGAUAUAUUCACCUAGCUCCGUCGGAUGAAUUGCAGAUGAAUUCUCUACUGGACGAGAUAGGUGUCGUUGAACCAGACCGUGAUUUCAUUAUUCGCGCGUUUUGCCAUUUCCUGGAUAACGGGGAGCUGGUUAGCCAGAAACCUGACGAAUUUCACCAACUGUGCAUUGAUCGAGCACCCGCGACUCACGAUAGUGAUGCAGUUGAUCGGCUAAUCCAGCUUCAACAGGCAUGUCAUUCCAAGGUGCUCCAAUAUUUCACGUUGGCUGCUCGUGGCUACGGGAAUUAUUUCGCCGUAAUGUUCGGCGAUUCAGACUGUAAAGCCCCACGACAGGAAACAACCAUGGUGGCGCUUCGCUUGCUUAGCCUUCUGACGACCUACGGAUUAGAAAAAGAUAUCGUGUCCGCGCUUGAAGACGUCUUUGCCAACGGACCGGUAGCUCCAUGGUCCUACGUUGUUCCUCAGCUGAUCGCUCGAGCGCAUCAUCCGGUUGCGGCUGUUUCGUCACUGGUUUGCCUGAUUUUGAAACGAUUAGCUCGUCAUUCGCCCCACGCGAUUGUGUAUCCGGCUGUGGUGGAUUCCAUGGAGCCUCAAGUUACAUUUUCAGCGCUUCAGGAAGAGAAAGGAGCUGCCAGCAACAGUUUUGCUGCUGUUUUAAACGAGUUACAGCAAGUGUCCGCUGGGCAAGUAGAAGGCGUACGUUUACUCAUUUCGGAGCUUCGGCGGAUUUCGAUUUUGUGGGAUGAAGCCUGGAUCAGUACGUUGAUGAAGCUUUCAACAGAUGUUGAUCGACGAACAGCUACGCUGGAAAAAGAGGCCUCCCGCGUGGACAGAAAUGCGUCAUUGUCCACUAAAGAAAAAGGUGAGCUAGCUCAGCGAAAACUGGUGGCCAUUAUGAAGCCAAUCUUGGUUUCUGUUGAACGACUUUGGAGUGAAACGUGCGGUAGAAUUGCGGAGCAGCAUGCUGUGUCACCGCAUGAACGCAGAUUCUUGAAGGAGUACGGAAGUUCAAUCGAGAAGGCGAUGGAAAUCUUUCGAGAUUGCUGCAGCUCGGAGUUGCGAUCGGGUCCAGCAUCAGGCAUCUCGAGCCCGAAAGAGCUCUGGCAACCGUUUGCUGAAAUAUUGAAAGCGCUACUCAACUCGACUGGUCGUAGAGAUCAAUUGCCGCUUCACGAGAUUUCACCCUCUUUGGCCUCGACCUCUCGUCAGCUUGCGCUAACAAACAUGCCCGGCGCGUUGUCUGGCAAGGAUGUGGGUCAAAUGGAGCCCAUAACCAUUCAUCGUGUUGACUCGUCUGUAACGAUACUGCGAACGAAAACCAAGCCGAAAUCUUUGGAAUUAAUUGGAUCUGACGGGAAAAUCUACAAGUACUUGCUGAAGGCUCGAGAAGAUUUGCGUUUGGAUGAGCGCAUCAUGCAGUUUUUAAGAGUUACGAACGAGUUUUUACGCGCUGACAACGCUGCUGCUUCUCGAGAUUUAUCAGCUCAAAGCUACAGCGUCAUACCUCUAUCUCGAAACGCUGGCUUAAUCCAGAUGGUCCCGGACGUGGUCCCACUUUUCCAAGUGUACACAUCUCGAAACGAGCAACAAACAAGCCCCACUGGUCGAGUACCUCAAGAUUCAGCAGCAUCGGCAUCUUUGGCACAGCAACAACCACCUCCGCCUACAGCACAAUUUUAUGCGAAGCUGAAGCAACAUGGAAUUUCGAAUGUGGUGCCAAAUCACCGUGCUCAGUGGCCGGUCCCUGUGCUAAAGCAGGUUUACCAGGAACUUGUUACUCAGCGUCCGCGUAAUGUUCUGCAGCUGGAGAUUCUUGCUCGAAGUGAAGACUUGCGUGAAAGCUGGGUGAAAAGCAUGCGAUUAAGCAAGUCGGUGGCGGUGAUGUCCGUCUUAGGCUACAUUGUUGGGCUCGGUGACCGGCACCUUGACAACAUUUUGUUAUGCGUUAAAAGUGGAGAUAUUGUUCACAUCGACCACAACAUUUGUUUCGACAAGGGGCGCAGGCUCAAGGUACCUGAAGUUGUUCCAUUCCGUCUGACACCAAUGCUGCAAGAUGCUCUCGGAUUCACCGGUGUUGAGGGAAGGUUCCGUGUAGCAUUUGAGACGACUUUACGCGUUGUUCGCUCUGAUGAUGUUCGCGAAGCGUUGCUUACGCUGUUUGAGGCGUUUGUCUAUAGUCCACUCGUCGACUGGAUUGCCGACGAUAAACGACAGGGUCGGUCGGGAGAUUUGAAGGCGCGUUUGGAAGUGAACGUGAACCUUUCCCUGUUUUUAUCGAGAGCUGAAGAGCGCCGCCAAGAUACGGUUUCUUUCGGGCGCCAGUACGAGCAAUUGGCUGACGUCUUCUCCCGUAUUUUCAAAGGAGCGAAGGUGUCGUUUGUGAGACUGCUUGAGCAACGGGAGCAAAUGCGUAGUCUGGAAGCUGAAGAACAGGAACUAUUGAAGGCCGUCACGAGUAGUGAAACUGAGCUCAUGGCAUCCCAAGCUACACUGCAGGCUAAACUGGCUGAAGUACAACAGAUUUCUACCCAAGCCGAGGAAGUCGUUGGGAAGCUUAGCGUGUUCGCAAAGGAGUGCUGGGGAAGACACCAACAAAUCGAAGUUUGGCGGCAGAAAAGCGUUAAUUUUGCCGAAACAGGCCCAGAGGCCCGAUUGCACGCUGUAGUGAUGGCAGCCGAGUCAGCCUCGUUUCAGAAAGUCCAUGCUACAAUUUGCAAUGUUUUGGAACGGUCAAGAUUUGCUGGCCAGCAGACAGAACUGCUAGCCGCGUUGGAAUCGAGAUCUCGAUCUGUCGAUACUGAUGUAGUACGUCUGCGCGUCGAGAUUGAAAGGCUUGCGGCUUGUUUGAUCCCCUACCUAUCCGCUUACAGCCACUGGCGCAAGGAAUUGGAUGCGUACCUGGACACAGAGCUGAAGGUAGCAGGAAAAGAUGUGUACUUUACGUGGUGGAGUCGCUGUACGCAGUGUUUG